AAAAAAAAAAAAAAGCCUGCGAUCCGUCUUUGAGUUGCUUCCCUUCCUUUUUCUCUCCGGUUUCUCAUCACUCCAACCAGCCGCGACCAUGCCCAGGAAGAAGGCGGCGGCGGCGGCCUGGGAAGAGCCGACCUCGGGCAACGGCACGGCCCGCGCCGGGCCCAGGAAGCGCGGCGGCCCGGCGGGGAGGAAGCGCGAGCGGCCCGAGCGCUGCAGCAUGGAGAAAUGGAUCUCUAAUGUUUUCCUCCCAAUUCCCCAUGGAAAGUCUCUUGGCACAGUGGGCGGCAAACAGAGGGAUGAUGGGAAAGCCAGGGCUGUGUGUAGUUACCACGCACAGAUGACGCGGCUGCCAGGGCAGCAGAAACUUGAAGGGUCUAAGUGCAAAGGGCAGCUUUUGAUUUUUGGGGCAACCAACUGGGACUUGAUUGGUCGAAAAGAAGUGCCUAAACAACAAGCUGCUUACCGCAAUCUCGGUCAGAAUCUGUGGGGGCCCCACAGAUAUGGGUGCCUGUCGGGGGUCCGGGUGCGGACAGUGGUUUCGGGUUCGUGCGCUGCCCACAGCCUCCUCAUCACCACGGAGGGGAAGCUAUGGAGCUGGGGUCGGAAUGAGAAGGGGCAGCUGGGACAUGGUGACACCAAGAGAGUUGAAGCCCCCAAACCCAUUGAAGGUCUCAGCCAUGAACUGAUUGUGUCUGCAGCAUGUGGGCGGAACCACACCCUGGCCUUGACAGAAACGGGCUCUGUGUUUGCGUUUGGGGAGAACAAGAUGGGACAGCUGGGCCUGGGCAAUCAGACGGACGCCGUCCCCAGCCCCGCACAGAUAAUGUACAACGGCCAGCCAAUUACCAAAAUGGCCUGUGGGGCUGAAUUCAGUAUGAUAAUGGACUGCAAAGGAAACCUCUAUUCCUUUGGGUGCCCUGAAUAUGGUCAGCUGGGUAUGGAAGCAUCCCCCGCCCCCGCCCCGUCCCGUCCCUUCUCCGGAGUCCUCCGAGUAGGCGGCGAGGCGCGGGCGCCCUCUGCUGGCAGCUGGGCGGUCGCAGCAGCCCCAGGACCUGGACGUAGGUUACCCUUAUCUCUAACGCUGCUGUUUGGGUUAGCUGUGCACCAGGCUCUCUGGACAGAAACAGUGACCCCUCUCGUCACCUCCUGUUGCAUGGAGGCCUCUUCGACCCCAACCCUGCGUUUCCUCUCUGUGCAGCUGGUCUUAGACUCCCAGAAGCGCGUCUUCUCAUGGGGCUUUGGUGGCUAUGGCCGGCUGGGCCACGCGGAACAGAAGGACGAGAUGGUGCCACGCCUGGUGAAGCUGUUUGACUUCCCUGGACGUGGGGCCUCCCAGAUCUAUGCUGGUUACACCUGCUCCUUUGCUGUCAGCGAAGUGGGUGGUCUGUUUUUCUGGGGAGCCACCAACACCUCCCGUGAGUCUACCAUGUACCCGAAAGCAGUGCAGGACCUCUGUGGCUGGAGAAUCCGGAGCCUGGCUUGUGGGAAGAGCAGCAUCAUCGUGGCUGCAGAUGAGAGCACUAUCAGUUGGGGCCCGUCACCGACCUUCGGGGAACUGGGCUACGGGGACCACAAGCCCAAGUCUUCCACUGCAGCCCAAGAGGUGAAGACUCUGGAUGGCAUCUUCUCAGAACAGGUUGCCAUGGGCUACUCUCAUUCCUUGGUGGUAGCGAGAGAUGAGAGUGAGACCGAGAAAGAGAAGAUCAAGAAACUGCCAGAGUACAACCCCCGGACCCUCUGAUGCUACUGGAGACGCCUCCACCUCUCCACCUCUCGCGGCAGCUGUCAUUUCCAUGUGCACUGGGACGUGAAGUCAAAUGAGGAAUUUAAAGAAGCAAAAGUUGACCGAAGGUGCAUUUUUGUUAGACUCCCUGAGGUUCCGUUUUAUAAGUGAAUUCAACGUUAACUACCUUUUUCUGUAUGCUUUCCAAAGUGUUUUUUCCCCCUCUUCAUGUUUGAUUAAAAUAUUUGCUCAUAGUUGACUUACCAUUCCUACAAAAAAGAGGCAGAAACUUUGAGCAGCCUAAGGUUUUUUUUCUUAACUUGUUUUUCAUUUUUCAUUCUAAGUACACUUUGCAAAAAAACAUCCCUUUCCAGUUGUAAUUAGCAUUGUGAUCCGAGUGGGUGCUCCAUGGGAGAGGAACUGCCAUGUACUCUGAAAAGUGUCCCCUACGGGAACCAGCAGCAUCUGGAGAAAGACGGUCCCUGGUGGUCAGUCUCCAUCCAAAAUUACGCUUGUGUGCUUUGGAAGCAUCUGGGUCACUCCUUGCCUGCUUUUUCUUGCAGACUGGCUGAAGCCGGUGUUUGUCCUGUUUCUCCCCGUGGCUGCUUGUAAGCCCCACAGCCUUUUGGCUGCAACAUUAAUAGAAUCUGCCGUAUCCCCCCUGGUGGGGGCUUUGGGGUCUAUGUUUAGCCAUUUAUAUCUGCUUUAUCUGUAAAAGGAGUCCAAAUGAAAAUCAGGUGAUGAUGGAACCAUGGGGACUUGGGGGGUGGGGCAGAGAUGGGGAACAUUUGUAUCUGUCUAAAGGUUCAGCUUUAUGGCUCCCUGUGGAGCCAGGGCCUGUUGUCACUAGCACUCGCCAAUUAGAGAUUGAUCAGCCAACAGUCAAAAGUGCAUUCUCCAGGCCUGGCUUGAAGGAUCAGCCCUUUGUCGUACCAGCCGUGUGGCCUUUGUGCUUCUGUCUUUCUCUCCCCCAGCUGGAUCCUGCCUGGAACAGGCUGUCCUGUUUCUGAGACUCGGGGUACCGUUCUGCUAGCCCAGCUCCUUUAGUUGCAUUUGCUUGGCUCUGGUACCAAAUAGUUGGGAUUGCUGAAGAAGUCCCCCAUUCCUGUGUGUCAGUGUGGAUGCUGACUGCCACCCGCUCCCCUGGCAAGUGCCCUCUGCCCGAGCUCGUCACCAGUGCUGCUGAGCGCUGCGUGAGUUACGAGGUGCCUUUCCCGGAACCCUCCUCUCACUCGGACCCAAGAGAGGCGACAGCUCUGGCUGGAGCUCUUGGUUUCCAGAGGGGUCUGGACUGGUUUGGGUGCUUUAAAAUAGAUUUUUAGUUCAGUGGUGCUUAUGGGGGAGAUGGGGAUAGAACUUAAGUGUGAGACUUGGGUGGUUGGGAAAGUUAAAUAUUGGCCUUUAAUUUUUUUUUUUUUUUUUGCUUUUGCUGUUGUUACCACUUGUCAUUGUCUUGAUGUUAAAAUGCCAAAAACGAUAUAGUCGUUGCUUUUUCCCGUCUUCCCAUGCCAGUCACUUCUUAGAGUGACUCCUGCCCUGUGGGGCAUGUGACAGUAUCUGUGCAGCCAGUCCCAAGGCCUUGUGGAAGGAGACUGGCCUGCAUCUUAUAAGACUCAGUCUGAUUUCAUGCUCAUCUCUACUGUCCUGUGUUCAAUCAGUUAGUCCAGGGGAGAAGCUUCUGCAACUUCAGAGCUUCUGCUAAACUAACCUAAUUUGUCCAAAUCACUCCAAAACCACCAUCUCUGACUCAAGCUUCCAUGUGUAGAACCUAAUGUUUCCCUGGACAAGUCUCUUUCCUGGAGUGUGGCCCAGGCAUCUGUGCUGCUGGCACCCUGAGGUCUCCCUUGAGUCAUAUGGUCACGAGAGGGUUGAGGAAGCACUUAACUGGGGCCAGCUUUUUGUAGUAGCUGCCCUUGGCUGAGCUUGGCUCGGAUUUUCCAGCGGACUAACCUGAAACCGGCAACCAGCCUCUUCUGGAGUCUUCCAAGUGUUCCCUCCCACACUCACUCCUUUUGGCUUAGAAUUUAAAAAUGAACUUCCUAAUGGGGGAAAAUCCUUUAGAACAAGUGUUGAGCCAGUGUGGGAGGGCGUCCUGCACUCCUAGAGAAAGGUACAAAGUGACUGGGCUGGGAAUGUGCUGUGCAGUGACCCUGUGGGCGUCGGGCAAGUCUUCCAGCUCAGGAAGGAGAAUUGGAAGGAAAUGGCUUCGGGUGAAGGGGAAUCGAAGAGGAGGUGGUGAUUUGGUUGAAGGUGCCUGGUUUAGUGCUGUAAUUGUCUUUUUUUAUAUAUAUAUAUAUAUAUAUAUAUUUCUUGGAGUAAACAUUUUAAAUAAACGACAUCAUUGUUUACUCUG